UACGUCACCAUUUUUUUUGUAAACAGAAUGAAAGAUGGCGGAGUCGGGGGAACCCAAGGCAACCUGUACUUUUCUAUUUAAAAAAUCUACCAAAAAAUGCAACGCUCGGAAGAGAAAAGCCAGUGACAGCGACAAAGAUGGCAACAGUGACGAAGACAAGAAUGCCGUCGUCAGAAAAGAAAAAAAGACGGGUUCAGCAAACCCUAUGAUUCAAAGGACAAAAAAAGUAGAGAGAGAGGAGGUGUCAUCUGCUGAAAGUGACGAGGAGAAAGAAAGAAAGAAAGUCACUGUCGCUUACAAGUCCACACGGUCAGCGAAACCAGAGGGGCCAGAUGACAUGGGAGCAACUGCAAUCUAUGAGCUGGACACAGCAAAGGACAAUGAUGCUCAGGCCAUCUUUGAGAGGAGUCAGAAGAUCCAGGAGGAGCUGACCGGUAAAGAGGAUGAUAAGAUCUACAGAGGAAUGAACAACUACAAAAAGCACAUUAAGCCCAAAGACUCCACCAUGGGAAAUGCAUCCUCUGGCAUGGUCAGGAAGGGCCCAAUCCGGGCCCCAGAGCACCUGAGGGCCACAGUGAGGUGGGACUACCAGCCAGACAUCUGUAAGGACUACAAAGAGACUGGCUUCUGUGGCUUUGGAGACAGCUGCAAGUUCCUCCAUGACCGCUCAGACUACAAACAUGGCUGGCAGAUUGAGAGGGAGCUGGACGAGGGGCGCUAUGGGGCCAACGAUGAUGAGAACUACGAGGUGAGCAGUGACGAGGAGGACAUGCCCUUCAAAUGCUUCAUCUGCCGAGAGUCCUUUAAGAACCCCGUCAUCACCAAGUGUCGGCACUACUUCUGUGAGACCUGUGCUCUUCAGCACUACCGCAAGUCCCAGCGCUGCUAUGUGUGUAAUGUCCAGACCAACGGCGUCUUCAACCCAGCUAAAGACUUGACAACCUCAGUUGCUCUCUCCAACCCAACCAUGUCUCAUCAAGAGGACAUCACUACUGUAAGCUCCACCAAUCUCCCAACUCCCCCAAUAGGAAACCCUGGUGGGUGAAGUUGGAUAGGCCUCAAAAUACAAAGCACAUACAGCACAGCAUUGUGAAUCAGAUGCCCAUGCACAAAAGCACACAGGGCUUGUGAAUACAUUCACGUUGGCUCCACCCUCACACACAGGCAGAUGGAACGAUCGAGAGCCGUAACUGGAGUACUGCACUUACUUUCCUGUGAGAGCUUCCCUGAGCUUGCUCUGUGGUAGAGAAACCACAUCAAUGACAAACACACACACAAGAGAAGGAUAUGUGUUUAGAGCAGCUCAGGAACCAUUAGGUACACUGUAAGUGUAAAUUAUAGCAUGUGGUGUUUGUUGCAGGAGUCGGAUCAAUGCUGCUAGCUGGCUCCCAUAACAAGGAGGAUUCAGUUUAGGCUAAUUAGAUCAUUCUGACGCAUCUGUUAAAUCAGUGAGGAAUCUGAGGAUUCAGUCUAGCGGGAUUGAGUGAUUAUGCAUUGCCAUGGGAACAGGAAGCAGCCAAAACCAAACGUGAAAUCAAGCGUAUGAACGAACACAGAACAAUUAUGCAAUGUGAGCUGAGCGCCCAGAAAUAUGAAGAUAAUGCAAAGCUUGAUAGUGAAGCCACCCCUCCCCAGCUAUUCAGUUCCUCUCUAUGUAAACCGAUUCUUCAACCACUGAUAAAUUGACAGUGCUUUCCUGUCCUCAUGUUAGUGUCUAAUAAGACCCACAUACUGUAGAAACAUCUCUUUGAACAUGCCUCAUCUCCACCACACCUGUUACCCUUAAAAUAUGAUUUCCUUAAUAAAUAUUUGACCUAGGUAUCAUGUCAACUUCGUAUAUACUACAAAGACCGACGGCGCAACAGAAUAUUAAUCUGACAUGCAGUAUUCUGAGGCUGCAUAUUUACUGCAUUGAUCAAGUCUGCCAGACAAGGAGACAUCACACCUGAACAAACUCUCUUCAUGGCACACAUGUAAGGUACAGUGAGACACUUGACACCUGCAGAACAUUGAAGCAAGCAGUAGCUCUUAUGUGUCCUGAAUCUAUGUGGGAGACAGAGGUAUCCAGCCACAUAUUGCCAAAGAACCAAUGCUGAUUGGAUUCCAGUAGGUUUAAAUUGUAUUAUGCGAAUUGUUUGUUAGAGUGUGUUGCUUUUUAAAAACUGUGCAAUGCAAUAUCUUGUUUUGAAAGCAAAGCUGCACUUAUAGCUAGCAGGUUCUGUAUGAGGGUUGGGCAACUUCAUAGCUGAUGAUAGGUCUUGUGUGUAAGCAGCA